AUCAGCACUGGAAAAGAUGCCUUCUCCUGCUGCCACAUAUGAAAGAGUAGUCUACAAAAACCCUUCCGAGCACCACUACAUGAAAAGUCUGCCUAGAAUUUCAAGAUUGUGGAGUUGGACUGAAUGCUGUGCAGAGAAGACCUUGUCAGCCAUCUUGAGAAUAUGUAGCAGUGGUCUUGUCAAAUUGUGGAGCUCUUUGACCUUGUUAAGAUCCUAUAAAGGCAAAAAAUGUACUUUCCAGGUGAUUCAGGUUUCUCCGUUUCUCCUGGCAUUAUCUGGUAAUAGUAGGGAAAUAGUAUUGGAUUGAAGGAAUAGUCUUCUAUUUUGGAAACAUUCCUCCACUCUCAGAUUUAUUUUUUGGUGCUUGCAUGUUUGAAGACUGAAGCAGGCUAAAAGCUCUUGAUGAAAUUUGGGGGUGCUGAAGAUGUUCCCAUUAAUUUCCAGCCAUCACCUUUGGUGGGGUGGGCUUCAGAGGAGAGUCUGCCUGAACCUCCCGGUGCUGACCCUGCAGCACUUUCAGCAUAUGCACAUCAGACUUGGAGACCGUGGGGAAUUUAGGAGAGCCUACACAGAUGUGGCUACCUUCUCAGAGUUAACAGGGGAUGUCAAUCCUUUGCAUCUAAAUGAAGACUUUGCAAAACACACCAAGUUUGGAAAUACAAUUGUACACGGAGUUUUGAUCAAUGGACUUAUCUCAGCUCUCCUGGGAACUAAAAUGCCAGGGCCAGGCUGUGUAUUUCUUUCCCAGGAAAUUAGCUUUCCAGCCCCUUUAUAUAUUGGAGAAGUUGUUUUAGCUUCUGCAGAAGUGAGAAAGCUAAAGCGAUUCAUUGCUAUUAUUGCAGUGUCAUGUUCAGUAGUAGAAAGUAAAAAGACUGUUACGGAAGGCUGGGUUAAAGUUACGGUUCCAGAAGCUCCUAAAUCCUGAAAUACGUGUUUAAAGAUGCAACCUCAAACACCAAUGCUGUUAUUAAAGAGCCUUUGGGGAAAAUAAAUAAAUAAA